AUGGCGGAAACGGUAGUCCUCGACGUGGAAAAGACGGAAGAGGAGGACGUCCAGCUCGACGUCGGCGCUGUUUCGUCUGCACCUGAGCAAGAGGCAGAGGCCGACGAGCUUGACCCCGAUCCCGAGCCCACGGCGGAUGUCAACACGGACCACCCCGAAGUUCCCGACGCUACGGUCCCUAACAAGCCCCGCAAGCCGCAAAAGCAGACCGGCGCCCGCCUCGGCCGCCCACCCGCCCGCGCCCGCGGCUCUCCUGUGUCGGAAGACGUCCGUCUCGUCGCGGGGCUGGACCGCGCGGACCGCGCACUGUGCCGCAUCCUGCGGAACAAACACAACUGGUCGCUGAACGACAUCGCGGACGACGUGUUCGGCAUGAAGCGCGGGAGCACCGCGUCACUCUGGCGUAUCCAGCGCAAUGAGCUCGGCCUCAACCCGGACGACGUGAGCAGGGAUGAGGCGCUGGUGGAUCGCGAGAGGCUGGCGGCAUUGGUGGGCGGGGACCAAGGGAAUGGCGCGGGCGAUGAAGAGGAAAGUAGCGAGGAAGAGGAGUAUGAGCUGAAGCAGAGCCUGACCGCAACAAGGAAGCGGGCACGCACGCCGGCGAAACGGAAGCCUGGGCGGAGGAGGUUCAUUGGGCGGCCAGACAAACGAGUCAGGACUAGGAAAGAGGCAACGUCAGAGCCUGUGAAGACAACCGCCCGGAAAUUCAAUACGCGAAAAGCCGCAUUGCCUCGGACGGACAUCGUCGACAACGAUGUUGAACUUGAAGAAAUCGAUGCGCCAAAUAACGCUGUCCGUUCUGCCAACAUUGGUCCGACUCAAAAGCUGGACGGACCCAGCACCCGCGCGUCCGGAAGCGUCAUGCAGCCUGCCCUCAACCUAGAACAAGCGCGCAAAAAACUGCAGACUGCGCCGGUGCGCCCGGCUCCAAGGCCUCUUAAUCGGAACCCGUUGCUGUCAAAGACAAAAGUGCCAGAAGUGCCUGCUGCGAAUGCACCCGUCCGGAACGUGAAUGAGAAGAAGAAAGAGAAAGAAAAGGAUGUGUCUGCUACGUCUGUCAACAACACCAACACCGAAUUUGAAGAGCAUCAAAUCGUCUCCGCCCCUCCCGCUCCAGCGCCAGUUCAGCCCCCAAACCCACCCGCAAUCGCAAACGAAUCUCCCAUACCGCCGGGCCCAGUCUCCCCCGACCUGACCGCCUUCCUCUCCCAGCUCUCCCUCGACCUCUCCGCACACACAGCGCUUUUCGCAGAAUACGACCUGACGUCCCUCGCCGCCGUGCGCCAUCUGUACAAGUUCGCGCCCAACGACCGUCGACAGGCGCUCCAGCGCAUGUUCUGGGACCCGUGGCACCGCCCCAGCGCCGACGAGGAGGACGAGGAGGAGGACCCGCGGGCGGCGGUAAUCAGAAAGCACGCGGGGCUCACGUGGCUCGAGGUCACCGCGCUCGAUCAGGGCGUCGCGGCGCUUGCGAAGCGCGAGAAAAACUUGAAUGUUAGUGCCGGUAGUCGCGUUUGA